GACCAGAAGCUCCCAUCCACCUGAUCAACCAAGAAAGAAGAGCACUAGAGCCGUGUUUAAUCAACCGUGAGCUCCCGUCCGCAUCAUCUCAUUAAGGUCGACCGAUGGCGUUUCUGGGAGGAUCAUUGGGCGUGACAAGGAGUAUCGACAGCCGGAAGAUGAUGGAGGGGAAGAGCCACGGCAGGUCCGGGACGUGGCGGCAAGCGCCGGUGCCCGUGAGGCAGCUGUUCUGGAGGCUGAGGCGCGCUAUGCUGAGGCCGAAGCGCCACGCCGUGAGCUUCGGGUACGACCUCAAGAGCUACUCCCGUAACUUUGAUGACGGCCUCGUCCCUGCUCACCGCCUGUAGCUGACACCCGCGGGGUCUUUUUCUUCUUCUUCUUCUUCUCAAUUUUACUUGCCGCCCGGCCGGACCAUGGCUCGAGGUUGAAGAGUUUGAAGGGUCGUCACCUUGUGAUUUGCUCCUCCUCUAGUUCAGCUACGAGUGUAUAUUAGACAUUACUGUUCAUACACAAGUUGUUUAGUGUUAAAGUCUGAAACUGCCAAUGAAAUGACAGCGUAUCUAUGUGCUUCUGUGUACUCUGCAAGCCGUGUCACUUGCCACGGUGGAAUGUGGGAUUUAAACUAUUUGUGUUUAUGUCGGGCAAGAAUACACUCUCUCGCUACUGCUGUCAUUUUUAUUUCUGUUUAUGUUAGCGAAGAUGGUGGAAGCAAAUAUUUUUA